AUGAUAAACACUAGUAUAUCUGUUAACAGGCUCUUAAACAGUGUGAUUGCUUGCAAAAAACUAGAAAAUGAUCUAAAUGAUAUGAUUUCUUCCCAAUAUGUGUCCUACCGUACCAUUGAAGUAUUCAUGGGACUGAAGAGACCCAAUAGCUUGGUGAAAAGCAGCUGCAGCCAUGGUGUGGCCCAGUCAAUUCCCAAGUAA